AUGAGAGUGUUUAUCCAAAGCAAUCCAUUAUGGGCUGUCUUCGUCUUUUUGGCGUUGCAAUUGUCGUCUGCUGCUGCUUUUUCACACAGAGCUUUCGAUAUGAAUCUUUACUCUAACGGAGCCUGUCUUUAUGUUAAUGGUUCUAGCAAAGAUACAUCUCUUCGUUUCGAGUUCUCUGGUGUCAGACAACCUACUGCUCUUGUCGUUUUCCAAUACGACGACAUCAUUGCUUUCAGAAACUUGCCCAACUUGAACUAUUUCCUCAACCAUUCGUAUAUAUUGGACAAGCCAAUCUUGGGUUUUGAUGAUGAGACUGACCAAUUAGGUUUCCUGUUGAUUUCUCGUAAAGACUUCGAUAUUCCAGAGUCCAUUUUGGCAACCCUCGUCCUCUCUGACAAGGAGGUCGAUUAUCCAAUCGAGAAUGAUGGAGUCUACUGCAUCUACAUGCCUUUGUACAAGUACAACGAGACGCUUGUCUUGCCCCAGGCCCAUUACAAUGCCAGAGUUACCGUGAAGAACGAAACUAUGCCUGUCAACAUCUACCACGAUAUCUCGACCCACAUCAGUUUGUCGAUCGUGUUUGGCCUUGGUUUGGUUCUCAUGAGCUUAUUCCACCCUGCUAUAGGUCAAGGAAAGCUCACGCAAUUGCCUAUCGUAACUCGUUAUAUCAUUUACUUCUUCAUUGUCAACUUUGUUUACAACUCUUUGUACUUCAUCUUGGAACUCAUCUGCACUUACUUCCCUAACGAUGCAUUGUACGACUUUACUGAAAACUUUUACUUCAGAUUGCAAACUGGUGUUAUCGACAAGUUCCAACUCUAUAUUUUGAUUCUUGUCUACUUGGGCUACGGGUAUGCCGGUGCUGACGUUAAAAUCAACACCAAGCUUACCACAACAUUUUGGUUAGCUAACACCGUUAGUCGCAUUGUCACCGAUUACAUUUACACCGACGUCAAUACCCUCAUAGACAUCACCUUGCUCGAAGAAAAGUACCUGAUCUUGUACAACUCUGUGAUCCUUCCUGGCGGGUACAAGAAGAGUUUGAUUAGAUCAAUGGAUCCAAGAGGAAAAGGCAUCGUCUCAACAUUCUCCUUGAUACAGGUUGUUUCCGAAUCAUUGUUCUACAUUGCUAUCACAUAUUAUGCCUUCAAGAUCAACAAGUACUGGAAGACGAAGGGAGAAACCCAAAUGAAGAAGUACAUAUACAAAUCAAUAAUCUUCCACUUGUUCAUCUACAAGUUUGCCCUCAAGUAUGUUGCAUUGCAAAUUUCUACCAUCACAUUCGGCGGCUUCUUCGAUGUCGGUGAAUUGUUGAAAGUUCUCGGUAACUUGAUUGAAAUCUAUGAAAUGAAGGUUAUCAGUUUGAACGUAAUUGAAGUGUUUAUUUUGUGGUUAAUCUGGGGUGUCAAUAAGCCAUUGAAGCCCGACGGAACGAAGAAGAAGGAAAAGGAAAAGAAGUAG